ACAUAAGUACUACAUAUAGAAGAGAUGCUCUAAUUUAUACUAGCGUCGUAUACAGCCAAGUGAGGCAACUACAAAAACUUACGUAUGAGACUGCAUUCCAAGCCCAAGCCCGGAGAGUGGCAACAACAACCAAAACACAACAAACACUCUCCUUGGCCGCCGACCGCUCGAUCAUCGGCGAAUCACCACGUACGGAGCCAUGGGAGGCGAGUCAGGUCACCAGGAGCCGUCGCCGGCGAGCGCGCGGCCACACGUGCUGCUCCUGUGCAGCCCGUGCAUGGGGCACCUCAUCCCUUUCGCCGAGCUGGCGCGCCGGCUCGUCGCGGACCACGGCCUGGCCGCCACGAUCCUCUUCGCCGCGGCCAUGGAUGCUCCCUCCGAGCACUACGCCGCCCUGGCCUCGUCCGUGCCCGACGGCGUCGACCUCGUCGUGCUGCCCGCGCCGCCGGCGGACGCCCUGCCGCCCUCAACCCCCGUGCGGGAACGCGUCUUGCACGCCGCCGUCUCGGCUGUCCCGCGCGUCCGGGACAUCGCCCGGUCAUUAACCUCGACUGGGCCGCUCACCGCAUUGGUGGUGGACAUGGCCAGCGUGCCGGCGCGCGACGUCGCGACGGAGCUGGGCGUGCCGUGCUACAUGUUCUUCACCUCGCCGUGGAUGCUCCUGUCCCUGUUCCUGCACCUCCCGGAGCUCGACGCGGGGCUCGUCGGGGAGUACCGGGACGCGACGGAGCCGAUCCGGCUGCCGGGCUGCGUGCCGAUCCACGCGCGCGAGCUUCCCGGGUCCCUGCUCGCGGACCGGAGCAGCGAGACGUACGCCGGGUUCCUGUCCUUGGCCAAGGACGCGUCGAGGGUCGACGGGAUCCUCGUGAACACGUUCCGUGAUCUAGAGCCGGCGGUGGGCGAAGGCGGCACGGACUGCGUGAAGGGCAUGCCGGUGCACGCGGUCGGGCCGUUGGUCUGGACACGGCCGUUCGGCGUGAACCGGGAGCCGGAGCACGCACGUCUCAUCGCAUGGCUGGACCAGAAGCCACGCGGUUCCGUGGUGUUCCUGUCAUUCGGGAGCGGCGGCACGCUCACGCGGCGGCAGACGACCGAGCUAGCGCUCGCGCUGGAGGCGACGGGGCGUCCGUUCGUCUGGGCGGCGAAGAGGCCACACGAGAACACGGCAGACGGCGCCUUCUUCGGGACCGGACGACGAGGAGACGACGACGACGACCCGCUCGGCUUCCUGCCGAGGGGCUUCGUCGAGAGGACGUCGGGGGCGGGGCUCGUCCUCUUGUCGUGGGCACCGCAGACGGCGAUCCUCGCGCACGCCGCCGUCGGCUGCUUCGUGACGCACUGCGGGUGGAACUCGAGCCUGGAGAGCAUCCUCAACGGGGUGCCGAUGGUGGCAUGGCCGCUCUACGCCGAGCAGAAGAUGAACGCCGCCAUGCUGGAGGCCCACGCAGGGGUGGCGGCCCGCGUUAACGCCGCCGGCUUUGUGUGCAAGGAAGAGAUUGUGAGCGUGAUCCGACGCGUGAUGGAUGGCGACGAAGCGACGACGAUGAGGAGGCGUGUUGGUGAGCUCAGAGACAGGGCCACGCAUGCGCUGACAAUGCAUGGUUCUUCAACUCUUACACUAGCCAAGGUCACGGAUGUGUGGAAAUCUUCUACUACUCCUAGUGAGGGAAAAUAAAGAGAGCUGCAGGCACCCUCCAUGGACGUCAUUGACGAGGAACAUGCGGAACCACAUGCCAAAGCUAUCGAGCUCGACGAGUACAUCAUCUUGAUGUAGUAGUCAUCGUCAACAAAUUAGCAUGGAUAUAGUUGUGCACUUGUCUAUGUAAGAUCUGUAUGCCUCUAGCAUCCCUUAUCUGAUGAUUAUGCCAUUACGAAAGUUCCAAGC